AUGCGUGACUGCGCCUGUCGUAGAGGUGCAUGCGUGGGAAAGGGUGCAUGUGUGGGAAAGGGUGCAUGCGUGGGAAAGGGUGCAUGUGUGGGAAAGGGUGCAUGCGUGGGAAAGGGUGCAUGCGUGGGAAAGGGUGCAUGCGUGGGAAAGGGUGCAUGUGUGGGAAAGGGUGCAUGCGUGGGAAAGGGUGCAUGCGUGGGAAAGGGUGCAUGUGUGGGAAAGGGUGCAUGCGUGGGAAAGGGUGCAUGCGUGGGAAAGGGUGCAUGCGUGGGAAAGGGUGCAUGCGUGGGAAAGGGUGCAUGUGUGGGAAAGGGUGCAUGCGUGGGAAAGGGUGCAUGUGUGGGAAAGGGUGCAUGCGUGGGAAAGGGUGCAUGCGUGGGAAAGGGUGCAUGUGUGGGAAAGGGUGCAUGCGUGGGAAAGGGUGCAUGCGUGGGAAAGGGUGCAUGUGUGGGAAAGGGUGCAUGCGUGGGAAAGGGUGCAUGUGUGGGAAAGGGUGCAUGCGUGGGAAAGGGUGCAUGCGUGGGAAAGGGUGCAUGUGUGGGAAAGGGUGCAUGCGUGGGAAAGGGUGCAUGCGUGGGAAAGGGUGCAUGCGUGGGAAAGGGUGCAUGCGUGGGAAAGGGUGCAUGUGUGGGAAAGGGUGCAUGCGUGGGAAAGGGUGCAUGCGUGGGAAAGGGUGCAUGCGUGGGAAAGGGUGCAUGUGUGGGAAAGGGUGCAUGUGUGGGAAAGGGUGCAUGCGUGGGAAAGGGUGCAUGUGUGGGAAAGGGUGCAUGCGUGGGAAAGGGUGCAUGCGUGGGAAAGGGUGCAUGCGUGGGAAAGGGUGCAUGUGUGGGAAAGGGUGCAUGUGUGGGAAAGGGUGCAUGCGUGGGAAAGGGUGCAUGCGUGGGAAAGGGUGCAUGUGUGGGAAAGGGUGCAUGCGUGGGAAAGGGUGCAUGUGUGGGAAAGGGUGCAUGCGUGGGAAAGGGUGCAUGCGUGGGAAAGGGUGCAUGUGUGGGAAAGGGUGCAUGCGUGGGAAAGGGUGCAUGCGUGGGAAAGGGUGCAUGCGUGGGAAAGGGUGCAUGCGUGGGAAAGGGUGCAUGUGUGGGAAAGGGUGCAUGCGUGGGAAAGGGUGCAUGCGUGGGAAAGGGUGCAUGCGUGGGAAAGGGUGCAUGUGUGGGAAAGGGUGCAUGUGUGGGAAAGGGUGCAUGCGUGGGAAAGGGUGCAUGUGUGGGAAAGGGUGCAUGCGUGGGAAAGGGUGCAUGCGUGGGAAAGGGUGCAUGCGUGGGAAAGGGUGCAUGUGUGGGAAAGGGUGCAUGUGUGGGAAAGGGUGCAUGCGUGGGAAAGGGUGCAUGCGUGGGAAAGGGUGCAUGUGUGGGAAAGGGUGCAUGCGUGGGAAAGGGUGCAUGCGUGGGAAAGGGUGCAUGCGUGGGAAAGGGUGCAUGUGUGGGAAAGGGUGCAUGUGUGGGAAAGGGUGCAUGCGUGGGAAAGGGUGCAUGCGUGGGAAAGGGUGCAUGCGUGGGAAAGGGUGCAUGUGUGGGAAAGGGUGCAUGUGUGGGAAAGGGUGCAUGCGUGGGAAAGGGUGCAUGCGUGGGAAAGGGUGCAUGCGUGGGAAAGGGUGCAUGUGUGGGAAAGGGUGCAUGCGUGGGAAAGGGUGCAUGUGUGGGAAAGGGUGCAUGCGUGGGAAAGGGUGCAUGUGUGGGAAAGGGUGCAUGCGUGGGAAAGGGUGCAUGUGUGGGAAAGGGUGCAUGCGUGGGAAAGGGUGCAUGUGUGGGAAAGGGUGCAUGCGUGGGAAAGGGUGCAUGUGUGGGAAAGGGUGCAUGCGUGGGAAAGGGUGCAUGCGUGGGAAAGGGUGCAUGUGUGGGAAAGGGUGCAUGCGUGGGAAAGGGUGCAUGUGUGGGAAAGGGUGCAUGCGUGGGAAAGGGUGCAUGCGUGGGAAAGGGUGCAUGCGUGGGAAAGGGUGCAUGCGUGGGAAAGGGUGCAUGUGUGGGAAAGGGUGCAUGCGUGGGAAAGGGUGCAUGCGUGGGAAAGGGUGCAUGCGUGGGAAAGGGUGCAUGUGUGGGAAAGGGUGCAUGUGUGGGAAAGGGUGCAUGUGUGGGAAAGGGUGCAUGCGUGGGAAAGGGUGCAUGCGUGGGAAAGGGUGCAUGUGUGGGAAAGGGUGCAUGCGUGGGAAAGGGUGCAUGUGUGGGAAAGGGUGCAUGCGUGGGAAAGGGUGCAUGUGUGGGAAAGGGUGCAUGCGUGGGAAAGGGUGCAUGCGUGGGAAAGGGUGCAUGCGUGGGAAAGGGUGCAUGUGUGGGAAAGGGUGCAUGCGUGGGAAAGGGUGCAUGUGUGGGAAAGGGUGCAUGCGUGGGAAAGGGUGCAUGUGUGGGAAAGGGUGCAUGCGUGGGAAAGGGUGCAUGCGUGGGAAAGGGUGCAUGCGUGGGAAAGGGUGCAUGCGUGGGAAAGGGUGCAUGCGUGGGAAAGGGUGCAUGUGUGGGAAAGGGUGCAUGCGUGGGAAAGGGUGCAUGCGUGGGAAAGGGUGCAUGUGUGGGAAAGGGUGCAUGCGUGGGAAAGGGUGCAUGCGUGGGAAAGGGUGCAUGUGUGGGAAAGGGUGCAUGCGUGGGAAAGGGUGCAUGUGUGGGAAAGGGUGCAUGCGUGGGAAAGGGUGCAUGCGUGGGAAAGGGUGCAUGCGUGGGAAAGGGUGCAUGCGUGGGAAAGGGUGCAUGCGUGGGAAAGGGUGCAUGCGUGGGAAAGGGUGCAUGUGUGGGAAAGGGUGCAUGCGUGGGAAAGGGUGCAUGCGUGGGAAAGGGUGCAUGUGUGGGAAAGGGUGCAUGCGUGGGAAAGGGUGCAUGCGUGGGAAAGGGUGCAUGUGUGGGAAAGGGUGCAUGCGUGGGAAAGGGUGCAUGCGUGGGAAAGGGUGCAUGUGUGGGAAAGGGUGCAUGCGUGGGAAAGGGUGCAUGUGUGGGAAAGGGUGCAUGCGUGGGAAAGGGUGCAUGUGUGGGAAAGGGUGCAUGCGUGGGAAAGGGUGCAUGCGUGGGAAAGGGUGCAUGUGUGGGAAAGGGUGCAUGUGUGGGAAAGGGUGCAUGCGUGGGAAAGGGUGCAUGUGUGGGAAAGGGUGCAUGCGUGGGAAAGGGUGCAUGCGUGGGAAAGGGUGCAUGUGUGGGAAAGGGUGCAUGCGUGGGAAAGGGUGCAUGUGUGGGAAAGGGUGCAUGCGUGGGAAAGGGUGCAUGUGUGGGAAAGGGUGCAUGCGUGGGAAAGGGUGCAUGCGUGGGAAAGGGUGCAUGUGUGGGAAAGGGUGCAUGCGUGGGAAAGGGUGCAUGCGUGGGAAAGGGUGCAUGCGUGGGAAAGGGUGCAUGUGUGGGAAAGGGUGCAUGCGUGGGAAAGGGUGCAUGUGUGGGAAAGGGUGCAUGCGUGGGAAAGGGUGCAUGUGUGGGAAAGGGUGCAUGCGUGGGAAAGGGUGCAUGCGUGGGAAAGGGUGCAUGUGUGGGAAAGGGUGCAUGCGUGGGAAAGGGUGCAUGUGUGGGAAAGGGUGCAUGCGUGGGAAAGGGUGCAUGUGUGGGAAAGGGUGCAUGCGUGGGAAAGGGUGCAUGCGUGGGAAAGGGUGCAUGUGUGGGAAAGGGUGCAUGCGUGGGAAAGGGUGCAUGCGUGGGAAAGGGUGCAUGCGUGGGAAAGGGUGCAUGUGUGGGAAAGGGUGCAUGCGUGGGAAAGGGUGCAUGCGUGGGAAAGGGUGCAUGCGUGGGAAAGGGUGCAUGUGUGGGAAAGGGUGCAUGCGUGGGAAAGGGUGCAUGCGUGGGAAAGGGUGCAUGCGUGGGAAAGGGUGCAUGCGUGGGAAAGGGUGCAUGCUCGCAGAACAAGGAUGGUGGAUAG